UUUGCCGUCUGGAAUUCCUUCGAUUUGAUCAUCAUUUUCAACAGCCUAGAUUCUCUAGCUCAUCAGGACAAAUCGUUCGAAAUUGUUUUGAAUCACCUUUCUGAUCGAGAUGACAGCAUGGCCGUGAUCUUUCAUCCUGAUGAUCCGCCGUCUCUUCGCGAUCUUGCUUGUCGUCGGCGAGCUUCGUUCAUCGGGAAUGAAGUCCGAGUCGCUGAUGAGGUCGAGGCCCUCGAACGGUUUUCUUCUAUCGUAGCAGGAUUUUCUCUAGAAGGUGGAGAAACGGUACAGAUACGGAUGGAAUGGCGUCGCAUUUGCCGCGAAAUGGGUCGUGUCCAAGAAGGGAAGGAUUCAAAAUCUUAUCUGCAUUUCCGCCGUUCAGAUGUCAUGGUGGCGUUCACCGCAAACUGCCGCAAUUUGCUGCCAUCCGCAUCAAUCGUCUCAGAACUAGAAGGGACAUUCAUCAAAAAUGUCCAAGCGUCUUCUAAGUAUCCAACACUUAUCGCGACGCCACGUACCCAGGAGCAAAUUCGUCAAUGCGUUAAUUGGGCAUUGGAAAACAAUUUUGGCUUGACGGUGAUUGGUGGCGGCCACAGCGAACAUUGUAUACAACAGAACAUUUUAGCCAUUGACAUGAAACGCUUCAAUGGGAUAAACAUCAUCAAAGGUCCUUAUGGGGAAGAAUCUACUGGCGACAAAUUUGCUGUUAUCAAGUCUGGUUGCAAAAUCCUCGAAAUCGUCGAGAGACUUGGGAAGCAUGGCCUCACCGUGCCUUUGGGUACUCGCCCAAGCGUAGGUGCUGGCUCUUGGCUUCAAGGUGGUAUUGGGCAUCUUUCAAGGAAAUUCGGUCUGUCCAGCGACCACAUCGUUGGUGCGGUUCUAGUCGAGCUCAAAUCCGGUAGAUUAUUACGUGUAGGACAUGUAUCGGACCGUCCAGUACCAAAAGACAAAGUCAGCCUCAGUGAAGAGGAUGAAGAAGAGCUAUUGUGGGCAAUACAGGGCGCUGGAACCAACUUUGGAGUCGUGAUCAGUGUUACAAUGAUGGUUGUAGAAGUACCAUUGUUUAAGACUCUUGAUUGGAUCACUUCAUCAGCGAGCCAAGAGGAGAUAGCAACAAAGAUAAGAGAAUACGAGGAUUUAACGCCGACCGCUAAGUUUGCUGCUUUCUCGGCAGAUGCAUACCUGUUUAUGGAAGGGGAUCAGCUCAAGCUCGGCGUAACUUUGAUCUGUACCGACCAGUCAGUGCAUGCCUCUUCGCAAGAUGUGGUAAAUACUAUGCGCGAUAUCUUUGGAGACGAGAAAUCCAUCACUGACCAAACGGAGGAAAACCUGCUCAGAUCCGCAACAUUCAUGUCUACCUUCCAUGAUGGGCACGACGGUGGUAAAAAAUCAGCCUUCAAGCGGUCUGUAUUUCUCAACUCGAUUGGCAGUGAGCCCCUUAUCACCCACUUGACUGAAGCUGUAGAGGCCGCUCCCAACGAUCUUUGCUACAUUGAAUUAGUGCUUGGUGGAGGUCAGAUAUCUCGAGUGGCACCGUCCGCAACAGCUUUUGGAUGCCGAAACUGGGAGUUCGCUUGUGUGGUCACUGGCAUCUGGCCCCGCGACAAUGAAACUUCUGCGAUGUCCGAAAGGGCCGUGGAUUGGGUUUAUAACGUGAUCAAAAAGCUCUUGCCAUGGAGUUGUGAAGUCUACGCUACCGACCUUGGGCCGGACCCUAGGGACACAGCACUGGCUGCUCAUGCUUUUGGGACCAAUGGGCCCCGCCUUGCACGCCUCAAGCAAAAGUGGGAUCCACUGAACGUCCUAGCCUAUACCUGUCCACUUCCAGACCUGAAGAUGAAACCGGAGAUCAUCUUUCUUGUCACAGGAUCGAGCGGAGUAGGGAAAGAUUACUGCGCCCAAGUUUGGGCUAAUACCUUCAAGAAGAGAGGCUUUUUUGCCACGGUGAAAAGCAUUAGUGCUGCGACAAAACAAGAGUAUGCUGCAGCGCAUGAUUUGGACUCUUUCAGGCUUCGUAACGAUCGCGAGUACAAGGAGCAGCAUAGAGAGGGUUUGACGAAGUUCUACCAUGACCAAGUAGAUCGCAGACCAUCAUUGCCAGGGGAACAUUUCGUUAAAGUGGUUCGUGAGGCUGGUGACGUGAAUGUGGUCUUUGUUACGGGACUCAGGGAUCCCGCACCUGUCACUAGCUUUGGACAUUUGGUGUCACAUAGUAGGGUCUUUGAAAUUAACGUCAGAGCAGAAGAGAACACAACGCGGCUUCGCCGAGGUUUAUCACGUGAGAAGCUUAAAAGUAAAGAGCGCACGCCACCAAGAGCACACCAACCAUGUUUCCAGUUCACGAACAAUGAGAGUGGAGAGAUCUCCGUCGACUCCUUCGGAACCACGAUUUUAAUACCAUUACUUAAUGAAGAAAUACGACGCUUGGAGAGUAUGGUACGGACGGUUCCCGACUUCCCUAAACAACGCACAAACUUUCGUCACAUUCUCGACAUUUGUCAGCACCCGGGAGGGCUGUCUCUAUGUACAAAACUGAUGGCAAAGAUCACAGGAGAUUUGCGUCCAAUAGUAGCGUGCGAGGCAGGCGGGUUCGUUUUUGCUUCGGCAUUAGCCUUGCAUACGAAUCAGAGGUUGGUAUUGAUUCGCGAAGCCGGCAAGCUUCCACCGCCAACUUUCGAGGUUGUCAAACAUCCAUCUAAUAUCACUUCUUUGACAUCAAAGAAGCAGAAACACGAGCAGAAGCAGAAGCAGAAGAAGAUGGUGUUAGAAUGGAACGCGAUUCCCAGAAACCCCUCUGUCUUGAUAGUCGACGAUGUACUCGCUACGGGGAGAACGCUUUGUGCGAUGCUACAACUGUUGGCAGCUGCCGGAGUUUCAGCGAAAGAUGUGGCAAUCAUGGUGGUUGCUGAAUUUCCUCUUCUCCGAGGUAGGGAGCUGCUACGGCAGCACGGCUUUGGACAAUGCUACAUACGAAGCCUCUUGAGCUUUGAUGGUGAAUAG